AGCAGCAGCAGCAGCAGCAGCAGUAGCACCAGUCGCAACAGUGCAGCCAGCAGCAGCAGUCCAGCCAGCAGCAGUAGAAGGAGUGAUCCCACCAGCAGCAGCAGCAGCGGUAGUAGUGGUCACAGUAGUCCAGCCAGCCGGUCGAGCCACCAGCUGUGGUCCAGCCAGCAGCAGCGGUCCAGCCACCAACAGGAAUCUGGCCAUCCAGCGAGCAGUAGAAAUCCAGCCAGCAGCAGCAGCAGCAGCGGUAGAAGUGGUCGCAGUGGUCCAGCCAGCAGCAGCGGUCUAGCCAGCAACAGCGGUCCGACGAUCCAGAAAGCAGCAGUGGUCCACCCAUCCAGCCAGCAGCAGUGGUCCAGCCAGCAGCAGUGGGCCAGCGAGCACAAUGGUCCAGCAAGCGGCAGCAGCAGCAGUAGCAAUGGUAGCAGUGGUCACAGCAGUCCAGCCAGCAGCAGUGGUCCUGCAAGCAGCAGUGGUCCAGCUAGCAGCAGCGGUCGGGCCAACCAGCCAGCAGCAGCCGUCCAGCCAGCAGCAGCGGUCCAGCCACUAGCAGUGGGCCAGAAAGCAGAUGCGUCGCAGAGGUCCAGCCAGCAGCAGUGGUCCAGCCAUCAGGAGCGAUCUGGCCAUCCAGCCAGCAGCAGCGGACCAGCCAGCAGUAGCGAUCCGGUCAGCAGCAGCACCAGCAGCUCAGUGGUUGUGGUCGCAGUGGUUCAGCCAGCAGCAAUGGUCCAAGCAGCAGGAUCAAUCUUGCCAGCUGCAGCAGCAGCAACAACAGUAGCUACGAUUGCGGCGGUCUUACCAGCACCAGCGUGCUGGCCAUCCAGCCAGCAGCAGCGGUCCAGCCAGCAGCAGCGAUACAGUCAGCAAGAGCAGCAGCAACAACGGGAGCAGCGAUCACAGCCCCAUCAGGAGUGGCCCGCCAGCAGCAGCGAUAAAGCUAGCAGCAGCAGUAGCAACAAUAGUAGUAGUGGUCGCAGCGGUCCAGCAAGCAGGAAUGGUCCAGCCAGCAGCAACGGUCCAGCCAGUGGCAGCGGUCCGGCCAUCCAGCCAGCAGAAGCAGUCCAGCCAGCAACAGAGAUCCAUCCAACAGCAGCAGCUGCAGCAGCAGUAGCAGCAGUCGCUGUGGUCCAGCCAGCAGCAGUGGACCACCAGCAGCAGUGGUGCGGUCAUCCAGCUAGCAUUAGCGGUGCAGCCAGCAGCAGCGAUCUAGCCAACAGCAGCAGCAGCGGUUGCAGCGGUCGCAGCAGUCCAGUGAGCAGCAGUGGUCCAGCCAGCAUCAGCGAUCCAGCCAGCAUUAGCAGCAGCAGCAGUAACAGCAGUCACAGCGGUCCAGCCAGCAGCAGCGAUCCAGACUGCAGCAGCAGUAGAAACGGUAGCUGCGGUCACAGAGGUCCAGCCAGCAUCAGUGCUCCAGCCACCAACAGCGGACCAGCCAGCAGCAGCGGUCCAGCUAGCAGCACCAGCUGCAACUGCAGCAACAACGUCAUCUGCAGUCACAGCAGUUCACCCAACAGCAGUGGUCCAGCCAGCAGCAACAGUCCAGCCAGCAUCAACGAUCCAGCCAGCAGCAGCAAUGGCAUCAGCGGCAGCAGUGGUAGCAGCAGUCGCAGCAGUCCAGCUGGCAACUGUGGUCCAACCAGCAGGAUCAGUCCGGCCAUCCAGCCAGCAACAGCGGUCCUGCCAGCAGCAACGAUCCAGCCAGCAGCUGCAGCAGCAGCAGCAGCAGCAGCAGCAGCGGUAGCAGUGGUCACAGCAGUUCAGCCAGCAGCAAUGGUCCAGCCAACAGCACAUCGUUCCAGCCAGCAGCAGCGACCCAGCCAGCAGUAGCAGCAGCAGCAGCAG